CACACGAAGUCAGUCAGGGCUUGUUUUAACACACACAUACAACCAGGGGCACACUCGGCAAGCGGGGCAAACAAUCAUGUAUUUUAAUAGAAAUCGUGGCCGCUGAAAAACGUGCUUUCGAUGCAUUGACGUGGUGCUUCGGGGGAAGAUGACAGGCGCUCAGUUUCAUUCUCGUUUAUUUAUUAAUCUCCAUUUUUGAUGUUGGAGAGAGAAAUGAGUGCCGAGGCCGGGCCUACUGUUGCAAAUGCUGCUGGGAUUUUGCAGAUCCGCUUUCACAAAUUGACAAAAAGUAACGCUACAUGCUCGAAUUUGAAGGGCUUUCCGGUGGUUUUGUCGUGAACGAGUCGUAAAUGGAUGGAGCCAUGACAACAUGAAUCGGUCCUACAAAGUGGCUUGCAGGGAUGGCUCGGGGUGUCGUGGUGAUCCACAGGAGACUCAACUCAACUCCUGUGGACACCAGAGCACAAAGCGACAGGGGGACCAGGGGUCUGCCAUUCAUUUCUUAAACUCUGGCUACAAACUCUCGGCAUCGCCGUUUGUGUACAAUCAGAGGGAAUCCAACUACAGUCCGCUGAGGAGACUUCAGGAUCUGACCACUAUGGUGAACCAUGCCGACAUGAGUUUGCAGGACAAGGACUUUCACGGACGAAGUAAAUUGCUCAUACACAAUCCCAUCGGUCGAGGAGAGUUCGGAAUAGGCCUAUAUCACACGUCCAGUUCGCAAGGAAACACUGACAGGACUACUAUUCAGGAUGUGGACAAAAAUGGUUUCUCACCAGUAAGCUCUGAUAGCUUGGAACAUUUUCCAUCCAUCCCAAAUGGAAUUUUGCAUUUCGAGUCGACCCUGUUUGAUAGUGGGGACAGCAAGGAUAAUGAUGAAGAGGAGCAUGAUAGGGGUAAUGCUGUGGCACCAUUUAAAGACACGUCAAAGAAAUGCCAGAAAAUAAAUCUGGCAAUUACAAAGCCUCCUAGCAGCCACAGGCUGGACCUAAGUACAAACAAACAUGGAAGUAGUAACCUUGUUUCUAAAAAUACAGCGAAGUCUAACCCUCCUGGUAGUCCCUCACAUUGGCCUGCCGAGGUCAUGAUGGAGGAUUUAGACAGUAUGGAUGAUUAUUCAGACAGUGACUGCGAUCUUCCAAGCACUGAGAACAGUGCUUCAAUAUUCAACUCUGGUCUCUCUAAAAGACCAGAUUCACCCAGUGACUCCCAUUCAAAUCCUUCCAACAGCCCAAAGAAGAAGCAGCUCCCAGGUAUAAAGUACUCUGUUGAAGAUGUUGUGUGGGCCAAAUUCAACCGCAGACCCUGGUGGCCCUGUCAAGUAGCCACUGACCCACAGAUUGAAGUUCACACCAAAAUGAAAGAUCCCAGUCGUCGGCCAUGUCGUCUCUAUUUUGUCAGGAUGUUUGGGGAGAUCGUAGACCAAGCUUGGGUCCCGGCAAAAGCCACUUUUCCUUUUGAUGGAGGCCAUCAGUUUGAAAAACUGCCUGUACUUAGACGAAGAGGAAGACAGAAGGACAAAGAUUACAAAUACACGGUUCCCAAACGUCUAAUGCCAUCAUGGAAAGCUAGUGUCUUGGAGGCAGAGGCAGCACUGACCAAACGGUUAAAUAGCGAACCUCCAUUGACUUUAAUUCGGGAUGUGCACAUGCCUAUUACAGAAGACAAGGCACCAAAAAGUCCUGCUUGCCCGACAUCUUCUACACAGUCCACAUUAUCAAGCUCACUUUUGUCCAAUGGUCUAGAUCCAUCCGUUAAGAACAAAGGAAAACCUGCCACUGGAAGCAAAAAGAAGGCAACUAAGAAGAACAGCUCAACUGUAAAAUCUCUUGUGAAAAUAACUGAAAACUCUUUAUCAUCAAAACCAUUAUCAAUCACUUCAUCAGGCAGCUACAAACCUUCCACAGCCACCGAUCGGCACAAGCCGGACCCCCUAGAUAGUCUGUAUUCAGAUAUUGACUCUGUCCCGAGGAUCCUGUGUCCCAAACGUUCACAGCAAUUGCCACAGGAAGAGGCAGCGAAAGAACUAAGCACUAAACAUAAGAAAGUACAGCCAAGUAAAAAGAUAAAAAAAGCCAACGUGGAUAAGCAGGUGAAGAAGACAGAGGCUGGUUCAAAAUGCACAACCAACAGUAAGCUAAAGAAGUCAACACCCAAAGAAAAAACACUUAGGGCUACGAACUCCAGACAGAAGGAAAGCAGUUCCCCAGGGUCCUCAGAUGGGUCUUUUGCCAUGCACUCUUUUUAUUUUCCUGCCAGCACUGGCUUAAUCUCAAGAGCACUUGCCGCCAGUGAAGAAACCAAGGAGAAAGAUUUAAGUCAGGAGCCAAAAUCUCCCUCCCCAUGUGUUGGCGAUGAACAAUCAGAGUUUUACAAGUGUUCAUCCCCCACCGCCCAUUCUGAGUUCUCAAAACAACAAUGGCAGGUAAAAACAGAGGACAGCAAAGAGUCCACAGAUGCCUAUAUCUCUCACACACCGCCAAACCCAACUCUUAAGUUUACAAGAAUCCAAAAUGAGAAAAAGGACGUUCAGAAUGGACCUCGACAUAAAUGUUUCAAGUCAGAUGUGACUGAAUCCUCCCACAAUUCUGUUAAAAUCAAAAACGAGAGCAUAAUCUCAGACACUUCAUCUUCGUCCUUCCCGUCUCCCUCCAUCUCUCCCAUGGACGCUUUCCAGGAUAUAAAGGAGCUUUCUUUCAGGUCUCUUGUCAAAGAGGAACGCAGCUCAGGAGAAACUUCGCUCCAUGCGGAUUCGAACUACAAAUUCAGCACUUUCCUAAUGCUCCUGAAGGAUCUGCACGACAGCCGGGAGAAGGAAGGGAAACCUUUAACCCUUCCUCCCACAUCUCCAUCCUCUCUCAUCAGGGAAGAACCUUCUCUUAUCCCACCUGGAGAAGAAACAACAAAUGAGGCGAUUGCGGAUCAGAACAGUCGGCAGGGAAAGACAUCAACGCCAAACAGCUCAAAACAGAGCAAGGCUAAGCCAAAAUCAUCGGUGAAAAAGGAGACGCAUAAACACGAUGGUGGGAACAAUUUAGUUUCUCCGCUGAAAAAGCAGAACUCAUCAGCAGGUUUGGAUGCACUUGAAAAGAGUUUUCCUCUGUUAGCUGAACUUUCCAACUCUCACUGUGAUGCUGUUCCUGAUGUCUGUGGCAAAGGCACCAUCUCCAAGGUUGCUCCUAAAAAGCGAUGGCAGACAUUUGAGUCUGGAAUUGGGAAAAGCACCAAGCCAAAGAGCGAUCUGGUUGGUUUGAAUCAAGAUGUAGUGAAGGAGUCCACAGAGCUAAAUGGAGUUUUCAAAGACAGUCUUGAAGAAACGGCUCAUUCUGACGUCCCUGAUAAAAAAGAUGCUUCAGAAAACAAAAGGCUCAGAAAACCAAGCAAGAGGCUUAUUGAAUGCAGUGAAGAAUAUGAACCGAUAUUUUCCACAAAGAAAAAAGUCAAGAAAACUCCAGAGUCCUGUAAAACAGAAUCUUUGAUCGCCAACACUAAUGCUGAGCAGCUGGCACCUGAGCAGAUCGCACCUGAAGCUUUAAGCUCUUCACCUAAAAAACCCUCUGAGCAGGCCACACCAGAGGAGCAGAUCGAACCAGCAGAUGGUCUCGUAUCACCUUCAACACCAUUAUCGCCAUCCUGUGGAGGCCCAUCGCUAAACAGAGAGUCAUGUGAGAAGAAAUCUGCAUCCUCAGAUAGAAAGAGACCACGUAAGACUGUGCAGAAAAUUCUUGACUGCAUCGUUGAGGGGGAUUCUGUAAAGGUCCCAAAGAAAGAGGAGAGUAAACAACAACAAAAUACCAGCCCAGAUGAAUCGGAUCUCAAGGAUGUGCAGAAACAGGAAGAGCCUGGACCUAGACCGUCAAGCCCCUGUGCUGCAUCAGCAGCACCACAAAGUGAGGAUGAAAUAAGAACAUCGUCCCCAAUCCAGCCGGACUCACCCAGUGUCUGCCAGAUCCAGCUCGAAGAAGAUCAGUGCAGCCCGUCAAAGCCUCAGGCAAAUGGCGAGGACUCGCUGCUCUCUGAGGUUUUUGGUGCAGGACUGAAUGAUAGUGCUUUUUCAAGCAGAGAUUCUUUAUCAGGUGACUUAUCAGGACUCUCAACCAAUAGAAAAUCAGGGGAGAAAGGCGGAGGUGCAUCGUUGAAGGAGAAUGUUUGCCAGGUCUGUGAGAAAACAGGUGAACUGCUCCUCUGUGAGGGACAGUGCUGUGGUGCCUUCCAUCUGCAGUGCAUCGGCCUCACAGAGACCCCUAAAGGCCGGUUUAUCUGCCAAGAGUGUAAGACGGGUGUGCACACAUGUUUUGUGUGUAAGAAGCCUGACAAGGAGGUCAGGAGGUGUAUGAUCCCUGUGUGUGGGAAGUUUUAUCACAUGGAAUGCAUCCUGAAAUAUUCCCCCACCGUCGCUCAGAACCGCGGCUUCCGCUGCUCCCUCCACGUCUGUCUGGCUUGCUUCAUCACCAACCCUGCCAACCCUGGUAUCUCCAAAGGUCGCUUGACCCGCUGCGUCCGCUGCCCUGUGGCCUACCACGCCAGUGAUUACUGUAUGGCUGCCGGCAGCGUCCCACUGGCCAAUAACAGCUUCCUGUGCCCCAACCACUUCACUCCACGCAAAGGGUGCAAAAACCAUGAACACAUCAACGUUAGCUGGUGUUUUGUGUGUUCUGAAGGAGGAAGUCUGCUCUGCUGUGAAUCUUGCCCUGCUGCCUUUCACCGUGAGUGUCUGAACAUUGACAUGCCCCAGGGAAGCUGGUUCUGUAACGACUGCCGAGCAGGAAAGAAACCCCACUACAAGGACAUUCUGUGGGUCAAAGUGGGCCGCUACAGGUGGUGGCCUGCUGAAGUGACUCAACCCAAAAAUGUUCCUGAGAACAUCUACCGCAUGCGGCAUGAGGUGGGAGAGUUUCCUGUGCACUUCUUCGGCUCCAAAGACUACGUGUGGACCUAUCAGGCUCGCUGUUUUCCCUAUAUGGAAGGGGAUGCCAACAAUAAGGAAAAAAUGGGAAAGGGUGCAGAUGCUGUCUAUAAGAAAGCUUUAAACGAAGCGGCCGAAAGAUUCAGGGAACUGCAGGCGGAGAAGGAGAUGAGACAGCUUCAAGAAGACCGGAAGAAUGACAAGAAACCUCCGCCAUACAAACACAUUAAGGUGAACAGACCGAUAGGAAAAGUGCAGAUCAUCACGGCAGAUCUGUCUGAGAUCCCACGCUGCAACUGCAAAGCCGAAGACGAGAACCCGUGUGGCAUUGACUCGGAGUGCAUCAACCGCAUGCUAAUGUACGAGUGUCAUCCUCAAGUGUGUCCAGCAUCGGUUCGCUGUCAGAACCAAAGCUUCACCAAACGCCAGUACACCGAGGUGGAGAUCUUCAGGACGCUGUCGCGUGGUUGGGGUUUACGCGGUGUGUCUGACAUCAAGAAGGGAGCUUUUGUGAAUGAGUAUGUUGGAGAGGUCAUUGACGAAGAGGAGUGUCGAGCCAGGAUCAAACAUGCACAGGAGAACAACAUCUGCAACUUCUACAUGCUCACACUGGAUAAGGAUCGGAUCAUAGACGCCGGGCCGAAGGGAAACCAGUCACGUUUUAUGAACCACAGCUGCCAGCCGAACUGUGAGACGCAGAAGUGGACGGUGAAUGGAGACACCAGGGUCGGGCUGUUUGCAUUGGAGGACAUUCCUACAGGUGUUGAACUCACUUUCAACUAUAACUUGGAGUGUCUUGGUAAUGGGAAGACCGUGUGUAAAUGUGGAGCGCCCAACUGCAGCGGAUUCCUUGGUGUCAGACCAAAGAAUCAACCCUCAUCUGAUGACAAGAUGCGGAAAAUGAAGAAAAAGGUUGCAGUGAAGCGCAAGAGCCAGUUGGAGGUCACCAAGGAGCGAGAGGAUGAAUGUUUCUUCUGUGGGGAUGGCGGGCAGAUUGUGUCUUGUAAGAAGCCUGGCUGCCCCAAGGUCUAUCACGCCGACUGUCUGAAUCUGUCUAAGAGACCUGCAGGCCGCUGGGAGUGUCCAUGGCAUCAGUGUAAUGUGUGUAGACGGGAGGCGGCAUCCUACUGCGAGAUGUGUCCCAACUCCUACUGCAAACAGCACCGUGAGGGAAUGCUGUUCAUAUCCAAACUGGACGGCAAGCUGUCCUGCAGCGAUCAUGACCCCUGCGGCCCCGAUCCUCUGGAACCGGGAGAAAUUCGAGAGUACGUGCCCGGUACACCUAUCCUACCACCUCCGCCAAAUAUGUCAGUGUCAGGCCGAAUACCUCUGCCUGCCCUACCGCCUGCUGCCCCGCUCUUCAUCCCCGCCCCCAACACACCUGCGUUCCAAGCCCAAAGAGACCCGUAUGCAGAUGAAGUAGUGGACAAUGUGGUUUUGCCAUCCUCUUCUCCUUCUAAGGACAUCAAGGAGGAAGAUAUGAGCGAUGAAGGCGAGGUGAUGGAAGGGGUGAUCGGGGAUGAAGGGGAAGAUGAAGGCCUUGAAGUCGUGGAUGAUGAUGAUGAUGAUGAUGAAGAAAUGGAGUACGGAGGAAUGGGAUUCGAAGACGAGGAUGAAGAAAAGGAAGAGGAGGACUGGGGAGAUGAAUAUGUGAAUGAUGAGUUCGAAGACACUGAGGACUUGGGGGAAGUGGAAGGGGACGACCAGGAAUCAUCGUGGGAUGAGUUUGUCGAAGGAGAAAAGUGAGCUCUCCUGUAUUUUUGCUAGACAUCCAUCUCUCGCACACAAACUCUGUUUCUGAUGGGCACGGCAGGUGACCUGUAGGGAAAGCCAACUGCUGUUUUCCAGUUGGUGCCCAGCUGAACUUUUGAGAAUGAUGGAGAUGUGCACCAUUCUUAAGUUGUUCAGCUUGCCUUCUCAACCCAAGUCCUCUUGGAAACGUUCAUAAAGAGGGUUGGACCUGGUGCUGUGGGACUGUGAUUUUUUUUUUUUUUUUCAGUCCUUUUGUUGGAAUUUAAUUAGUGUCUGGUGCUCUUUUGUGUUUUUUUUGUUUUACUUUUUCCUCCUGGACUUGUUUACAUUCUCUGAUCUACACAAAGAUGACCUCACGGAGGAUUGAAAUGGGGCACCACAAACCAUACGGUUGUGUCUUAUUAACGGAAUCUGCAUAGAUUUUGAUUACGCUUCAUUGACAGAGAAAAGAGAACAUAAAGCAGCAGAUAACUAAUGUUUAGUCCCUUCACCAGGUGAUAACAAUGAAAUAGCUACAUCCUUAGGCCAAAAAUGGCUCCACGGGUCACUGUACUUGAAAUGAUUUCUUCAGGUCCGUCUGUUAGUGUCACAGAGUUGCUACAUGAGAACGAAUAAUAGGCAUCUUAGUACUUUUUUAGCUGAUUUGUGAAUAAAAAAAAAAAAAGUACUAUCAAAAAGGACAAGGAAGAUUUAUAUUCCCAGCAUCAUCCUGCUUCAUUUCAAUCAUGCACUUUUUUUUGUCGCAUUUGUGUUUGUCAUUUUUACUUCAGACAUUGUCAGAGAAAUUAAAGAAACUCAGUAGUUUUAAGUUUUUGUAAAGUCUAGAGGAAGUGAUUGUAUCACCUUUCGUUCUCCAUGCUUGUGGCCUUUGAGUCUUGAAAGCUUUUAGGAAAGAUGAGUUUGUACUUCUUGUUACAAAGGAAGUACAAAGGCCUAUUUGUACUUUCUCUAGUUACUUAAAUUCAACCACCAUUUCAAAAUACUGUUCAAAAAUCUCCAGAUGCCUCAUUGCAGUAACCAUUCAGAAUGUCAGAGAACCCCCCCCCCCCAACCCCACGUUGUGUUACAAAUCUGCAGGUUAUGUUUUCCUGCUAUUUGUUUUUGUAUUGUGUCUAUGAGCAGGUUAACUUUAAAAGGUGCCUCUGAAUGUUUUGCACUCUUUCAGAGAUCAGGAGAAAUUCAAAGCGUCUUUUAUAUUCAUGAUUCCAAGCUGUUCAUUCACCAUCCUGUGUUGAUCUGCCUGAUGAAACCUAUAGCAGCUCAUUGUUGGCUGCUUUGUCAUCCUCUAUUAAGAUUCAAUCAGUCAUAUUUAAGGGAUGCAGACAAGCCCUUAAAAAUGAUUAUUAGACAAAGAAAUUCCCUAAAUGAUUUGUAUUUUAAUUACAGAUAUCAUCAUACCUGGAGCCUAUUUUUUUCAAGUAGUCAUAUUUUGGUUUAAUUUUGCUAUAUAUAUAUAUAUAUAUAUAUAUAUAUAUAUAUAUAUAUAUAUAUAUAUAUGAAAAUUCCCAUCACUUGAUUCUCAAAAAUUAUGAAAGCACCUUUUGUUUGAAACCUCAUUGUGCACCAGGUACAAUUCCUGGUUGAAAAUCUGCCUCAUGUAAUGACGUGAUGUUCAUAUUCAUAGAACUUUUUGAAAACCUUUUUAUUUCCAUCACUGAUAUUGUACAAUGUUUUCAGUGCCUUUAGGCCUUACGCUUAUUAUUUCUGGUUCUGUAACAUUGUAACCUAAUCACGCAGAUGCUUUUUUUCUUCUUUAGCAGCAUCAUCAUCAACCUUUGUACUUUGCUUAGCUCUGUUUUUCUUCAUACUUUUUGUCACUUUGUAUUUAUGGUCCUUGUAUAAUCUUUUUCACUCGUUCCUUGUUUCUUGUAUGUUUGUUAAAUCUGCUGCUGUGUUUCAGCACUAUGGGCCCUUGACACCAUGAACAGGACGAAAUGCAGAUGAGAGUUUCCUGAGGACAUUUUGGCAAAAUGUUUGCUGCCAUGUUAGAGACCCAUGAUUUUGUACUGUACCUUGUGCAUAAUAAAUAUAAGUAAAAAUUUUACUAUA